AUGGAUAAUUUCACGAGUGGAUUUCUUCUCAUAGGUUUUUCUGCUAAGCCCGAGCUAGAAAUCUUUUAUGCUUGUCUGUUGUUGGUCCUAUACUUGUUGGCGUUAGCUGGCAACAUGCUCAUCAUCACCACGACUUCCCUGGAUGAUAGUCUCCAGUCCCCCAUGUAUUUCUUCCUGAAGCAUCUCUCCUUGUUGGAUCUCUGCUAUAUUUCCGUGACUGUGCCAAGAUUCGUUUACAACUCUUUCAUGCACAGUGGGAAUAUUUCCCUCUGGGAAUGCAUCAUGCAGGUAUUUGCUUUGGUUUCCUGUGGUACUGCUGAAGUGUCCAUGCUCACGUUGAUGUCCUAUGACCGCUAUGUGGCCAUCUGCCAUCCCUUGCGCUAUGAAAUCAUCAUGGGUGUCAGAACCUGUGUCCAUGGCAUCAUAGGCGUCUGGGUCAGUGGGACUAUCUCUGGAGUCAUGCAUACAGCAACUACUUUCUCCAUCCACUUCUGUGGUCCCCGUAUCAUUUACCAGUUCUUCUGUGAUAUCCCCCCGAUCUUGAAACUCUCCUGCUCCAAUGAGUAUAUCAGUGAGAUCGGUGUCUCUGCCUUCUUGUCUUCAGUGGCACUUCUUUGUUCUGUCUUUAUUGGGUUCUCCUACGUGCACAUAUUCUCUUCCGUGCUGAAGAUGCCAUCUGCUGAGGGCAGAGCCAAGGCCUUUUCCACAUGCCUUCCACAUCUCGCUGUUGUCAUAUUAUUUUUUUCUACAGUUGCUUUUGAUUAUUUUAAACCUCUUUCAAAAUCUCCAUCUUCUUUGGACAUUUUGCUCACUAUUCUUUACACAGUGUUUCCCCCAACAUUCAAUCCAAUCAUCUAUAGUCUGAGAAACAAAGCUAUAAAGUUGGCCCUGAGAAAGAUUUUUCAAAGAAGAAAAGAAAGAUUUUUAUACGUGUUGGCUUUAACUGGCAACAUGCUCAUCAUCACCACGACUUACCUGGAUGACAGUCUCCAGUCCCCCAUGUAUUUCUUCCUGAAGCAUCUCUCUUUUGUUGGAUCUCUGCUAUAUCUCCGUGACUGUGCCAAGAUACGUUUACAACGCUUUCAUGAACAGUGGGAAUAUUUCCCUCUGGGAAUGCAUCCUGCAGUGCUUUGCUUUGAUGACCUGUAG